AUGGUCAUAAAUUCGUUUAUAUCAUCUAUUUCAAAAGAAGAAAAAAAGGGGUCUGUUGAAUUUCAAGUAUUCUGUUUCACCGAUAAGAUACGGAAACUUACUUCACAUUUGGAACUGCACAAAAAGGACUUUUUAUCCCAAAGAGGUAUGCGUAAAAUUCUGGGAAAACGUCAACGGAUGCUGGCUUAUUUGUCAAAUAAAAAUAAAGUACGUUAUAAGAAAUUAAUCGGUCAGUUGAAUAUUCGGGAGCCAAAGACUCGUUAA